GUCACAACAGGGUUCAACACUCACUAAGUGGAUCCUGGAAGACAAAUAAGGCAGAUAAAACAUCUCCAAAGAUGGAGGGCAGGACUCAAAGUGCCACAGCAACUUCAUCACUUGUUGUGGGAAAUAUUAUAUGGUGGAUGGUUAUGAUUGCAGCCAUUGGUGUGGGGGCCACACAUAUAAAAAGCUGUCCUGUGCAGCCGUUCAUCCCCAUCUACCUGUCAGUGCUUGGAGCGGCCAGCAUCAUCUCUCUGAUUCUAACCUACUCCCAGAGAAUCAGUGAGAGCGGUAUCAUCUACAUCCUGAUCUCAAUCUGCAUGAGCUUUCUGCACAUCUUCACCUUCUGCUGGAUUAUUGCAGGCUCUUACUGGGUUUACACUGAAUAUCCUCCCAGCUACACACCUGCAACAGCUCGGUACUGCCAGAAGACGACCUUUCAGUUUGCGUUUGUUCUCACCACGCUAGUGUGGGUCAUGAUGGCUCUGUCAUUCUGCUGUGGUGGGUGCUACAUUGUAUUUGCCUGCUGCUGCGGGACUUUAAGUGCAAGACACAGGUUGUCACCCAACCGCAAUACUUUCUAUGGUGGGACAGAUGGAGCUCAAGGAGGCGCUGCUGGUGAUGUGUGAUUUGAAUCCUGGUUCAUGUCUUCAUAUGUUGAAGGAGUUAAGCUUUUCAAAGGUUUUGACAAGAGUGAAAUGUUUUAAAAGGGAUGAUACUGAUUCUAUUCUGCUUCUCCUAGUGAAGAUUAGUUUUUGGGUUUGUUUUUUUUUGUUUUAAAGUAGACUAGGUGUAAAAGCUUAAAGCUGCUGCAGGAAAAGGAUCUAAACAGCAGUUCUCUUUCUACAAUCUCAAUGUAAAUGCUUGAAGAGAGCUUCACUUUUUUACAAGUUUCUUUUUUGUUACAACACUUGAGGUGACAUCUUGUGGUAGCACCUCUCGGCUUAUUUUAACAAUUGUAACUGAGGGUAGGCCAGUGUAGUGCAAUUUACAACACUUUUACUCAAUAGGACUGUGCAUCUCACACUUCCUGAAUGUUGACACCAAAACCAAUCAGUUAACAGUCAAGCCAAAUGAAGAUAAGGUGUUGAAGAUCAUUUAGAUACAAUCAAUAUUGACUCAGAACUGAGAUGUAGGAUUGUAAAUCGGUACAGUUUACACAUUAAUAUAUUCUACUCUUUGUGUGUGUCUACUGUUUUAUUGCAGUGGAACAAUGUUGAAUGUUUGCUUUAUUUAAGAUGUUGCACUAAAAAAUGAAUUGUGCAUUGUUGCUUGAACAUAAACGUUGAUAAUUGCUUGCAUAAUUUGAUUAUGUAAGUAUAAGGAAACAAUAUAUUCUGUUAGUUUAAUGUUUUCAAUGACUUGUUUUGUUGCCAGUGCUGAGACAGUUAAAUGAGAUGAACAUGAUGUUGGCUGGAUGUAAGGACUUGAAUAAAUGCUCAUUGCAUGAUCCAUUUAA